GGUACCCUUCUUUACCUCUCAGGACACCACUCAGACCCUUCCUAGUCCCUCUAAAAGCCCCCCAAGCUCCUCUCUCUCUCUCUCUCUCUCUCUCGUAGUUCCUCCUCCUGGUUCAUCUUGGCUUCGCUAGACACCUGUAGUUUCUUGUCCAAGUAGCCCAGGGCCUCUUCAAGCCUCCAUCAUCCUGGAGACAGCUACAUUCUCCUAAACGGCCACCUCACCCCCAAGUCUCUAAGAGCUUGGGGAGCCCCUCAGGAUGGCAGCAGGAGUAGCCACGUGGUUGCCCUUUGCACGGGCUGCAGCUGUGGGCUGGCUGCCCCUGGCCCAGCAACCCCUGCCUCCCGCACCCGGGGUGAAGGCAUCGCGAGGAGAUGAGGUUCUGGUGGUGAAUGUAAGUGGACGACGCUUCGAGACCUGGAAAAACACGCUGGAUCGCUACCCAGACACCCUACUGGGCAGCUCAGAGAAAGAGUUCUUCUACGAUGCUGAUUCAGGCGAGUACUUCUUCGAUCGUGACCCGGACAUGUUCCGACACGUGCUGAACUUCUACAGAACAGGCAGGCUUCAUUGUCCCAGGCAGGAGUGCAUCCAGGCCUUCGAUGAGGAGCUGGCUUUCUAUGGCCUGGUCCCCGAGCUUGUGGGUGACUGUUGCCUUGAAGAGUACCGGGAUCGCAAGAAGGAAAACGCUGAGCGCCUGGCAGAGGAUGAGGAGGCUGAACAGGCUGGGGAGGGCCCAGCCCUGCCUGCGGGCAGCUCCCUACGACAGCGGCUCUGGCGGGCCUUCGAGAACCCACACACAAGCACCGCGGCCCUCGUUUUCUACUACGUAACUGGAUUUUUCAUCGCUGUGUCGGUCAUCGCCAAUGUGGUGGAGACCAUCCCAUGCCGUGGUCCUGCCCGGAGGCCCCCAAGGGAGCAGCCCUGUGGUGACCGUUUCCCGAUGGCUUUUUUCUGUAUGGACACUGCCUGUGUGCUCAUCUUCACCGGGGAAUACCUCCUGCGGCUUUUUGCCGCCCCCAGCCGUUGCCGCUUUCUGCGAAGUGUCAUGAGCCUCAUCGACGUGGUGGCCAUCCUGCCCUACUAUAUAGGGCUUUUUGUGCCCAAGAACGAUGACGUCUCGGGUGCCUUUGUCACUCUGCGUGUGUUUCGGGUCUUCCGCAUCUUCAAGUUCUCCAGGCACUCACAGGGCUUGCGGAUUCUGGGCUACACACUCAAGAGCUGUGCCUCUGAGCUGGGCUUUCUCCUCUUUUCCCUCACCAUGGCCAUCAUCAUCUUCGCCACUGUCAUGUUCUAUGCUGAGAAGGGCACCAGUAAGACCAACUUUACAAGCAUCCCUGCAGCCUUCUGGUAUACUAUUGUCACCAUGACCACACUUGGCUAUGGAGAUAUGGUGCCUAGUACCAUUGCUGGCAAGAUUUUUGGGUCUAUUUGUUCACUCAGUGGCGUUUUGGUCAUUGCCCUGCCUGUACCAGUCAUUGUAUCCAAUUUUAGCCGCAUCUACCACCAGAACCAACGUGCUGAUAAGCGCCGAGCACAGCAGAAGGUACGCCUGGCAAGGAUCCGGUUGGCAAAGAGUGGGACCACCAAUGCCUUCCUGCAGUACAAGCAAAAUGGAGGCCUUGAGGACAGUGGCAGCGGGGAGGGACAGGCUCUGUGUGUCAGGAACCGGUCUGCUUUUGAACAACAGCAUCACCAUUUGCUGCACUGUCUAGAGAAGACAACGUGCCAUGAGUUCACAGAUGAGUUAACCUUCAGUGAGGCCCUGGGAGCUGUGUCUUUGGGUGGCCGCACUAGCCGUAGCACCUCUGUAUCCUCCCAGCCAAUGGGGCCUGGCAACCUGUUAUCAUCUUGCUGCCCCCGCAGAGCCAAGCGCCGUGCCAUCCGCCUUGCCAAUUCCACUGCUUCAGUCAGCCCUGGUAGCAUGCAGGAACUGGAUACACUGGCAGGACUGCGAAGGACUCCUGCCCCUCAAAGCCGCUCAAGCCUGAAUGCCAAGCCCCAUGACAGUCUUGACCUGAACUGCGACAGCCGGGACUUCGUGGCCGCCAUCAUCAGUAUCCCCACCCCUCCUGCCAACACACCAGAUGAGAGCCAACCUUCCUCCCCUGGUGGCAGUGGUAACAGAGCCAGCAGCACCCUCAGGAACUCCAGCCUGGGUACCCCUUGCCUUCUCCCUGAGACUGUCAAGAUCUCUUCUCUGUGAGGGGUGGGCCUGUCCAUUCAGAGGGCUCUCUUCAUACCUGGGGACUCCUUUCCAAAGCCAUAUUUUGGGGAGGCAGACAGGGGAAGGUCUGGGGAUCCCUUCUGCUCCCUGCCAAGAACUAUGCAAUGGAGUUUCAUGGAAUAGGCCACUGGGUGGGGAAAGAGCUGGGAAUGGGCAAAUUCCUCCACCCCCAUUUUCCAGGUGGGAGCCGAAGCACUAGACUUCCACAGGGCCUUGGUCUUCUUGGCCCCUAACACAGUAGGACUGGCCCCUUUCUCCCAGCGGGCCUCUUGCAUGCAACUCCCAUCUGGCCUUCAGACAGAUGUCAGAGUUCUGGCCUGGCAAGGAGAGUUUAGA